GGAAUGAUUGAAUCAAGUGUCUAAACACACACAGGUAGUUUGGUCUUAAGUGUUGUUCUGGACUUCAGAGAGCAGGAGUUUGGUGGCAGAGGAACUGUGAGGACUGAAGAACCUGUUUUUUUUUUUUUUGUGUGUGUGUGUUCAGCUUCCUGUUGAACAUGUUACAACGUUCUAACUCAGCACAGUGACAUUUGCACUUCAGCUGGCUGCCGCUCACCACGUCAGGUCAAACAUGGGUCGCUACCUCAGCACCGACUUGUGCUCAGGCUCGAGGACCUACUGCAGAAUAAAGUACACAAUGAGCCUUCUCAGAAAGGACUGUCAGCUGGACUCGCACAGUCACUCACAGCUCUCACCUCCUCAAGGGCCAAGAUUUGUGAGAAAGGCUACUUUAAAAAAUGUGAAGCGCACAAGCGCUACCUCUUACUGCUUCGCCAAAGACUUCACUCAAGGAGCGAGACGUCCCCAGAUUGUGCGUUUCUAUUCAUCUUCUAACAGAGAUGGGUUUAAAGCCGAAACUCCAGUAGGGAUUGUAAAGGAAGCUAAGAACAGUUUUCCUCUGAGUUCACUCGGAAGCCGUCUUGGUCAGUCAUUUAAUCUACUGUCCAGACACAUUAACAUGUAUUUCAGGAGCAAGGAUGUUGUCGCACUAACUGAGAAUGCCAGCCUUGUUGUCACAACUCCAGAUUAUAUUGGCAGGUCACAGAGGCGUAGUCAGACUCAAAGGGUGGCCCCGGAGCAAAAUAUAUCUGAGAGCGAAGACAUAACACAUGCUCUUAAAGACAAAGGUGCUCAGGAGAACUCCGAAACAAGUCCCUUAACCCAGGACAUGGCCAUAAAUCAACUAUUUCACAUCAGCUCUUUGGCUACGAGAUUUGGCGAGAGCUACAGUUACGUUGCUCAUCACAUUAACUCUGUGUUUUCUCAUACUUUUGCAAAGUUUCAAGAGCAAGAGACACCAAACGUGUCUUCUACUAGAGGAAAACUUAGGAGAAAGACAAGUAGAAAGUUUCAAAACGUGUCCUUUACAAAUGAUGCGCUCUCUCAUAUGAAAUCAGGUGGUGAACAGGUGGCAGCGGAACCUGGCAAUGUCUCCGAUAGGUGGGAGGAGGGAUACCUUCACUUUGCAAGGCACAUCAAUAAAUACUUUGGUGCCAAAGUUUCAGAUGAAGCUCAGAAUAGAAGAGAACAAAUGCCCGUGGAAAGGAACAGUGCUUUCAACAAACCCUUCCCAGCGCAAUCUACCUCACAAACUCACAGUGCCGGGUCACAUCUGAAGCAGGAGGAAGCCGUCAUUCCUGAAACUAGAGGCCUUUUCCACAGCAGCAAUAACACAACUAAGUUCGGUGAAAACUAUUUCCAGAUGUCCAGUCACAUCAAUCAGUACUUCAAAGGUCAAAGCGGACAGGAUGAGGACACCAAUAGAAAUCUAAAGGAUGCUGAAUCCCAAGAGACCCCCGAGAGACCGUUAAGUGUGUCUUUAAUGGACUGCCUUCGCCACCCGACAAGCGCCAUUCCAGAUUUUCUGGGCUCUUAUCUGAAUCUGGGCACGUCUCAGACGGGUAAACCCAAAUCUGCCAUGACUUCACCACAGACAAUAUUAAAUAAAAAGCUUGUCAUGAGUCGCAGGCAAGCAGAGGAAGUGACACGUGGGUUACUGGGCAGUCUUGGACUGGCAUCUUCUCCAGACGUUCUGACGGCCUGCGUGGAGGCCCUUAAUGAGCACCUCAUCCGCCACCCUUCAUGCAAAGCUGUGAUCUGGCAGGAGAGAACUGCUGUCACGUUGUUGAGACAGAGACGAAAAUACAUACACGACGAGGGACUUCAAGCUGCCUUAAGAGAAACCUUGGCUCUGAUUGGAUACGUGGAUGCAGUGAAAGGCCGCGGCAUCAGAGUGCUCUCAAUCGAUGGUGGUGGCACAAGAGGUGUGGUUCCUCUUCAGUUGUUAAAGCUACUGGAGGAUGAGACCGGCAAAAAGGUCCACCAGCUGUUUGACUAUAUCUGUGGAGUGAGCACAGGUGCCGUUCUGGCCUUCAUGCUGGGUCUGGCCCGUUUUUCUCUGGAGGAGUGCGCCGACAUGUAUCGUCGAUUUGGUUCUGAAGUCUUCCGGCAGAACCCGCUGGUUGGCACCAUGAAGAUGGGCUGGAGUCAUUCUUACUACAACACUGAGACCUGGGAGACAAUACUACGAGAGACGCUGGGCAAUAGAGUGCUCAUUAAAACAGCCAGAGACGAGCUGAGUCCCAAGGUUUCAGCUGUCAGCGCAGUGGUUAACUGGGGUACGAGUCCUAAGGCCUUCGUCUUCCGCAACUAUAAUCACAAACCAGGCUGUCUCAGCCGCUACGCAGGGGCCUCAGGCUACCCGAUGUGGCAGGCAGUGCGGGCAUCUUCUGCUGCCCCAGGAUACUUCCAGGAGUUCACCUUACAAAGUGACAUUCAUCAGGAUGGAGGAAUUAUCCUCAACAACCCCUGUGCCUUGGCAGUCCACGAGAGCCGUUUGCUGUGGCCCAACCAACACUUCCAAUGUGUGCUCUCCCUUGGCACCGGUCGCUAUGACAACGCUAAGAGGGGACCCGCCACCUCCACGAGCCUGAGGGCCAAAAUCAGCAACUUGAUCUGCAGCGCUACGGACACCGAAGGGGUCCACACCCUUUUAGACGACCUGCUGGCCCCGAACGUCUACUUCCGCUUCAACCCCAUGCUGAGUGCUGUGGUGUCCCUUGAUGAGAACCGACCAGGGGCCCUGGACCAGCUUCAGAGAGACACUCAGAACUACUUGGAGAGAAACCGGCUCAAACUGGCCAGAUUGUGUUUGGUGCUCGGGGCAGAGCGCUCAUCUCUUAGCAGAACUAAGGACUGGAUGAGUGAGAGGGCUUGGGAGAUGAAACAGAGACUGAUGUGAUGACAGCGUAUUUGAGGGUGGAGGGUGACGCCGUGAGAUUUUGGGCACUGGCGAAGGAGAGGAGAUGAUGAGAAGAAGAGAAUGCUGGAGACGUGGAUGAGAUGGCGAACGGACUGUGAUGGGCUCGAUCUGCUGCUGAAAUUAAAGCCGCAAAGUAAACUACAUAGUGUAUCUGAGAUUGGUUAUAUGCUGACUAGCAACAUGCAUCAUAUCAACUGUUGUGAAAGUCAGUAUAAGGUGACUUCCCUUGCUGCACCAUCUGUGCCGCACCACACAGAUCAAAUUUUUGAUGGAUUUUGUCCAUUGCCUCAUUCUGUUUCUCAAAGACACAAACACACAACUUCGUUAAAUAAGCACUUGGAUGCACUUUAUCAAAAAAGCUUUGUGUGCACAUGUGACAUCAUCAAUAUAUAUUUAUUACUGUAGUUGAGAAUGAACAAAGGCCUCCACAUGUGGCGCCAGAAGGCCCCUGUUCAUUCUCUGAUGAGUCUCAACUGGUUUGGAGGCACAAAGUAGACGUAGACAAUACCUGAUCAGUUUAUAUUUAUUAUUUUAUUUGAGAAUGUACAUGUCCGUAUCAUGGACGGUAAUAUAAGCUAUAAUUUAUGUUUUCCUGUGACAGUGAUGUAUAUUAUUGUGCGUCUGGGCAUUUUAUUGGUUGUAAAAAUAAAAUAAUAUUUAUGACAA